UGUGCGCGGGCGCAAAACUGGCGCAAACUCUUCGUGCAGCAUCUCUCGUCAGUUGCAAGUCAGGAACUAUCGCGUUCGCGUUGCACACCCCCUUCUUGUUCUUGUCCGUGAUCGUCAUCGUGCUUAACCGUGAUCCUAUUCUUUUUUUUUUCAUUUUAUAAAUCUUUCCAGUGUUGUUUAUUUGUGUUUAUGCCGCAUCGUCGAUCUUAUCGAUCGAAAUUCCCAGUUUUAAAACUAAGUGAUUAUUUAACGAUUUAAUCAUAAGUUAUUGUUGUUAUUGUUGUUGUUAUCGUAGUAGAACUAUCGAACAUCGAAAUAAGUGGAAGCUGAGAAGAGAUCGGUGAAAGGAGUUAAUUAAAAAUAUAUAUAUAAAAAAGAAAAAAAAAAAAUAAGUAAAUGAUUAAAUAUAAAUAAUUAAGAUCGAUCAAAUAGUAUCAUCAUUGAUAAUAGUCGAGUUCGUCGUCAUCUCAAUGAUUUUCGGUGGCGCGAAGGCGCCGAUUGUUGCGACACGGUGAACGGGGUGACUCGGUGAACGCUGAAGAAAAAUACAAGUAAGAAGAAUAAGAUUGGGAAAAACUGAUCGAGAGUAAACAUUGAAGAUUUACUUCUCGGCAGGAUGGAUAAAGGCUCGACUAGUAGGAAAUGCGGGAAAGUGCGACGUACUCUGUUUCAUCUGCUGCUUAUAAUGGGGGGUGUUACGGGCUUAAAGGAUUUAACGAUCAACGUACCAGCAAUGGUAAGAUCUGGUGACACCGUCACACUGACUUGCUCGUACGACUUAGAGGGUUCACCGUUGUACAGCAUUCAAUGGAGCUUAGAAGAGGUAGAAUUCUAUCGUUACAUGACCGAACGAAUACCAAGCAAAAGCGCGUACAACGUGAGCGGAAUACAUGUUAAUGUCAACGCAUCCGAUCAUGUUAGUGUAACACUGGUAGACGUGACGAGAAAUCUAACCGGGAUGUACAAGUGUGAAGUAUCAGCUGGUAAACCCCUUUAUCAUACGUUGAUCAAGAGAGCGGAAAUGAUGGUCGUAGACGCCCCAAAAACGGAUCCGACUAUCGGCAGUGAGAAAGAGCGCGUAGCAGUUGGAGAAACGCUAAGAGCAAAUUGCACCUCCGGUGCAUCCCGUCCAGCCUCUGCCAUUACGUGGAUACUCAACGGAGAUCCUAUAACGAGCAACGAUUCACAAUUUGAAAUACGACCGUAUUCGAUUCAUCUGGAGGACGACAACGUUAAGACGAAAUCAAAUAUAGAAUUUAAAAUCACCAAUGACAUGUUUCGAGACGGCCGUCUACGUUUAAGCUGUAUAGCAUUCAUUUCUGAUGUAUACCGAAAAUCUGCGGACAUGGAAAUAGCUGUCGAUGAGCCGCUUAUUGCUUCUAUUACCGGGGAUGCAUCUCCACACAGUCAUAAAUCAAGUGCAAGCGUUGUUACGAACCAACAAGUUUGGUACUCCACAGCGAUGACUUCGAUUGCCUUGGCUACAGUAAUACUGGCGAUGACCGAAGCCUUGACGAGCGGACGACUUACGAGUGCUGUACUUGGUACAAGGUAGCUUGUCCGCGACAUUAACGAGAACAUCAUUGCCACUGUCUGACCCGAAUACAUCGUCCAUGUAAAACCUAGUAGUCUAGGGCUUCCAGUUAUGUAUGUUACUAUGUAUUGAAGUAGAUAGUCGAAUAACGAUGAUUUUUAUUGUAAACGAAUGAGACGAAAUAAGGUGACAAGAACGAUUAACAAAGGACAAACAAAAAAA